GUCGACAAUCGGCAACUAUAAAAAUGAAUAAUCGUAUCUCCUCUUCCCAAAUGGUCCAUUUUUUUUUAUACAAUCCGAGCGCUCGAAAUUAAUCUCCCGCUGAACUUUCCGAUUAAUAAAUAUAAUUAAAUAAAAAGAAAUAAAAAUAUUUUCCUAAAUACGACCAUUCAGACAUUUUAACACGUACACACAGUUUCGAAUGGAUACGAAGCAGUGAUUUUCUGAAAUUUUGCUCAUCGACGGCCGCACUGUGCUUUCUUCCCCCAAAAGGCUUGCAAGCAAUUUCAAUCGCAUUUUCGCAAUUUCGUUGUUCCUCUCUUCGUCUUAACCUUUCGUCCGCUACCGUAAAAACGGAACAAAUUAUUGCCAUAACGCUAUCUAGAGAAGCUCCUUUCGAAAAAGCAGUCUGCAUUUUUUUACGGUUCUUGCUGCGCAGCUUGUAAUGAUGUAAGACGGAUCGCGUACGUGAGCGACCUGGCCAGAAACGUCGUACCGAUCAGACGGAGAAAACGAGACGCGCAUGAUUACGUUGCUCGCGAAAUAAGUAUGAAUUAUUAGGUCCGUUAAUGUCGACUCACCGCGGCGUGUGCUUCCGUGGUGAAUACUUCCAGGCUGUGCACGUCCGGCUCCGGCCUCCAGUAUUGCUGGCAUUCCUGCGGCCGGUUCUUUCUGAUGCUCUUAUGACAGCAAUAGCACAUCAAUGCGACGACUAUAAUCACGGCGCUUAGCAUCGCUCUGAAAAACACGGCGCGCCACGCGAUCCGGAGCAUAGACACGAGAAGAAGCUACGGCCUUUUACUUUCGACUAGACUGUACGAAAUCGCUGGCACGAGAUGCUGCACAGGAACCAGAGAACCUGCUCACGGAUCGUCGGUUUGCCCAGAUUCGCCAGAAUGUUGGGUAGCGUGCCCAGCGGAUGGAUGAGGAAGAUUCUCCUCUUUCUGGUCCUGAUGACUGGGGUGCUGCUCAUAGCCAUGUACGCACACGCGCCACCCCUCGUCUCUCUGCAGCCGUUCUCGUCCCGCCGACUGAAGGAGUUACAACGAGGCUUGGUUACAUUCCUGGUCGGUAAUGAAAGCACCAAGAGACCCGAGGAACGGCUCUACGAAUAUCUGGAAGAGCCUAGGACAUUCCAGAGCCCGUGGUCUUGGGCCUGUGUGGCUGGCCGAUGCGAGAGGAGAGCGGUCAGAUCGUCGCGUACGUCUCUGGCGAGUUGCAUCGCGCUCUGCGGUGGCAACACUCGGCUGCUCUGGCCCAGGCCGACCGGGAACAUCCUCUUGGGCGAGGACAGCGUGGUCAUACACUAUCAGCAAAUUGAGUUCGUCACCGUGAACACCAGCGACCAGGAGACGAAGAGCCUGCUGGAGCACGCUAAGGAUGUUUUCAUCGGGAACGUGAGGAGCUUGAUGAAGGUGGCGAACGCGAAGAGCCGCUCCGGCGUGGAUACGUUCGUGAUUUAUCUGAGCGCUGGCAACGGCCGUGCAAUCGGGCCGGGUUUGGACACCGACGAGUCCUAUACCCUGGAGAUAGUGCACAAGGGAAAAGUCCUGGAGGCGCGGAUCACCGGGAACAGUUACUUCGGGGUCAGACACGGCCUGGAGACGCUUGGACAGAUGAUCUGGUGGGACGAGCUCGUCGGAAGGGAGGGCGCGCUGCGGGUGUUGUCCCGCGCUUCCGUCGAGGACAAACCGGCGUUUCCUUAUCGGGGAUUGCUGGUCGAUACCGGAAGACAGUUCUUCCCUAUCCAGAGGCUGAAGAGGGUGAUCGACGGUAUGGCAGCCUCGAAGCUGAACACGUUCCACUGGCACCUGACCGACUCGCAGAGCUUCCCCUUCGACUCGGCCCAGUUCCCGGAGAUGGCUAGGUGGGGCGCGUACAGCGGCGAUCAGAUCUACACGCCCGACGAUGUCAAGGAUCUCGCAGAUUACGCGAGAGUCCGAGGUGUCCGGGUGCUCGUCGAGAUCGAUUCGCCCGCCCACGCCGGCGCUGGAUGGCAAUGGGGAACGGAGUACGGAUACGGCGAGCUGGCGCUGUGCGUCGACCAGCAGCCGUGGUCGUCGUACUGCGGCGAGCCGAAUUGCGGCCAGUUGAAUCCGAUCAACGAGCACUCUUACAGAAUAUUGGAGGGUCUGUACCGGGAGCUGCUCGACCUGACCGAGAUCCGUGACAUCGUUCAUUUGGGCGGCGACGAGGUGAACCUCGACUGCUGGGCGCAGUACGGCAACAUCACGGCGGCGAUGCAGGCGCAGAACAUGACCGAUCACCACGCGAUGUGGGCCGAGUUCGAGACGAAGAUGCUGCAGAGGCUAGUCAAGGCGAACCGGGACGAGACACCGAAAGCGGUUAUAUUGUGGAGCUCGCCGCUCACCAAAAGGCCUUACAUCACCAUGUACUUCGACCCGAAGAUCCACGUGAUCCAGUCGUGGGGUGGCAGUAACUGGCCGGAGACACCGGAUCUGCUCGAGGACGGGUUCCGCGUGAUUGUCUCGCAUGUCGACGCCUGGUAUCUGGACUGCGGAUUUGGCAGAUGGAGGGAGACCGGCGAGGCCGCGUGCGGAGAGUAUCGGACCUGGCAGACGGUUUACAAUCAUCGUCCGUGGAGGGACUAUCCUCAGCAGCAUUUGAAUUUAGUUAUCGGCGGCGAGGCGGCGAUCUGGAGCGAGCAGACCGGCGACGCUUCCUUAGGACCUCGACUAUGGCCUAGGGCUUCGGCUCUCGCUGAACGGUUAUGGAGCGACCUGCCGACCAACGGUUACUCGACGGACGAAAGCGUGUACACGAGAUUAGCGAGCCACGUGGAGCUUCUCGCUAGCCGUGGACUGAAGACGGAGGCGAUGUGGCCGCAAUGGUGCUCCCAGAACCCGGGGAAAUGUCUUUGACCGUUCGUCAGUCCGAAUCUGAUCACCGAGUUCAGUUGGUAUCGUACGCGUGGCUGCUAUGAGGCCCAAUGAGGCGGCUUUUAUUGGCGAGUUUACCUGGGCUACGUUAGUUCAGGCAGUGAACAGUACGCGUGACACCCUGUUGUUAAGAGGCGUGUUACGCCGUGUCGAGGCGGUCGAGCCCAUGGCACGCAGCACUGUAGAUAAUGUCCUCACAUGCUGGACCGUGUCGUCGUAUUCGUCACAGAUUGCAUCGAUCCUGGAGUGCCGCCUGGCCGCCGUUGGGACAGUGACGUCGAGGAAUAACCAAUGCGACGGAUGACAGAGAAGCGGUGCAGCAUUAUCUGAAAAAAGGCUUUCCCCCUUCAGGCUCAUCCCUUGCUACUAGGACAAAGUAUCACCGAUCGAUGAUAAUUAUCUCCCCAGAGUUUUGUAGUCGACGAGAUGCUGGAAAUUCGGCUAAUUCGCGGCGCGCGAACAGUCGCGCUUAGUCGUUGCAGUAUCCGCGAAGAUUGUCCCAUUUGCCAGACCACGAUCGUCACGGCUCCGCUUGCAAGAUAUCGGCGCGGCUUCGCUUCGCUACGACCCCCACCACCUAGACGUCGACAUCAUUUUACCGAGCUGGAAGAUCGUCCGUCAAGCGCGAGAGCGUCGACGGUUUCGCCCUAGGGUGCGAGAAACGUCGUUUCGUAAUUCAAGGUAGCUAGUUUCCGUCGCGUUGUAACCCACUGGAGAGGAUGAAUGCUCGUCAGGAUCCUGGUAUCGCGCCGAUUCUCCGAAGCUAAUGGACCCUUCAUCGUCGCAGAGUGCCACUCGUACACCGAACUCACGCCGAUUCAACGUUGUCCUUCGAUCCCUUGUUAAUAAGAUCGACGAGAUAAACGAGAUUCUUGGCCGACACCAUCUUCCACUUCGAUGUCGACGCCGUCGCUUUCUGCAGCUCCCACGCUUCGGUCCGCCGGCGACAUCUCGUCUCUCACCUGCCACCGCAUCCGCCGCUUCAAGAAACGAUUCUUCUAACGCGGAUCGGAGUUCGAUAGAUUUAGCUGCCGGGUUUAAGAAACGCGGCUCGGAUAGUUUACGACUGUCUUUUCUAACUCGGCUAAGACGUAGUCGUCCGUACAAUUAGCAGAGUCGUCAAGCGGAACAAUCGUGGGACGAGCCGGGGAUAGAAGAUAACAAAGAGAAAAAGAUAAUACUCAGCAAGAACGUGUCCAGGUGGUCACGAGUAGGCACCGACUACCAGGCAGACCGGUCUCCUUGGUAGCUAAAGGUUGGAACACGCGACGUCUAGAUCAUUAGCGAUUUACUUAAAACAACGUCGGCGGGAAGGAAUUUAUCGAGUAUCAUCUCUGUUCUGCCAAGAGACGAAGGCACAAUUCGUACCACUGUUCUUUUCUUCUCGUCUUUUUUGUUUUCUCUCUCUCCUGUCCAAAGAACAAACGAACAAGGAGGUUUCGACACCUCGAGGGACACUGCGAUACGAAUUAAUGUCAAUUCGAGGAUACGCGAGCCCCGCGGAACGCCUUGCCGUCGUAGUAGCUCGAUGCCAUACUUUUCGUUUCAAGUGCCUUUCCAAUUGUAAUCUUACACGUGGUGAGCGCGCGCCGGAGCUUCGUUGUCGCGCGAGCCGAACGAAACACCACCGUUCCUACAGUCUCAGGAAUGGCCACACCGAGACCGCGUUGUCGUCCCUUGUAUUUAGAACAGGAACCGGAUGCGGUCCGGCAUCCCCGCGGGGAUCGUCUUAGCUAAACUCUGCCCUGAAUCUCUUUCUGUCCGGAAGGAAAGCAAGCGGCAGACUCGGAAAGAUAAAAUGGCACCCCCGACCAGGGGCGGCGAAUUAAGUUUCAGAUAUUUUAUUCUAUGUACACGACAUAUGCGGACGACGAUUUAUCGAGAAUUUUAAAGAUUUUGGAAGAACCUAUUUAUUGGAGAAAAAGAAAAGAUAUUCGAAGUUUGGUUCUAGAGACUGAUCGAUCGAUGGAAAUUUUCCGCUGAAGAAUCGUCGGCGGCCGUCCUCGAAAUUUAUUCGCACCACGGACGGCUCGCGACCGUUGAAGUUAUAAUUAUUGAAUCGACAGUUGGAAUAUAGUUGGGCAAUUAUUUGCGAAAUGGUGUCACUGUUCGAUCGAAUUGUUUAAUGUACCGCGUAUUGUCGAGGUCGUCGCUUCGAUGAUGAAUUGUAUUGCGAAGGGUUUUACUUAGCGGUCGUUGUUUAUUAAAUAUUUAAUUAGAUGAGAUGUGGCGAUCA